UUUUAUUGUUAUUAUUAUUAUGGAUCGAUUACCUAAAGAAAUCAUCUAUAUGAUCAUAAAGGAUUUUAGCUUUGAACAAAAGUUAACUAUGGCUUCUGUUUGUAAGAGUUGGCAUAAAGCAACCCACCGUUGUAUUCUUUAUGAUAAGAUCGCGUUUUAUGGUACUCAAGAUCAACUUAUUCAGACAGUAGAGUCCUUCAAGACAAAAGGACUCCAAGCACAAGUCACAGAAUUCACGAUUCAUUGUGAUGAUAUUACGCUUUCGCUUGUAUUGGGUCUACCUAUGCAAUUUCCUCAUAUCAAGACAUUUCAUGUGAAAUCCAGAAUGGACAUCUAUAUCGACACUUUUUCAAUGCGUGGACCUAAUCGUGUAAACCUAGAGAAUCAAUGGACAUCAAUCAAAAAGAGUCGAAAAAUAAACACAGAUAUUGGUAUCUGGUCUUAUCUGCUUGAAUCGCCUCAUCAACCAGGCAGGACGACUCUUUCCUUAGGCGUCCAUCAUGGUACACUCCCAGACGCCUUUUUUCAGACUGCGCUGCCUUAUUUCAGCCAUUUAAGACUCGAGAAAAUAACGAUUGAUCAAGUCGAAUUAGGCUAUGAUGUAGUAGAACGACUCCACAAAGCACUCACAGACAUAUCUUGUGUCUCUUUUCACAAUGUGAGUUUAGAUGAUUCAGAUACCAUGAUGCUUGUACCAACCACCAAAGCCAAUACAACACAGCUGAUGCUAAAAGGCUUGUUUUCUGAUGCAACACAUCCGAUUGACCGAGAAGAACUGUUGAAUGAAUGGAUCCUGUAUAUUGCUGAGAAAUAUCCACAUCUCACUUCACUUACUAUGAUUGGUACAACCUUGAUGGAAUCAGUGUUUGCAAGAAACUUUUUUUCAUUGAUUCAGAUAGCUGAACAGUGUCAUCGUUUGAAGCAUCUCGAUAUCCAUAGUUGUGCAUUUAUAUCGCCUGUCUUUCGAGCUAUGCAGAAACAUGGUAUUCAACUUGAAAGCUUGACACUUUACCUUGAGAAUGAUGCAGACAGCAGUCAAUUGGAAGCACUGGCUACAUCCACGCAGACAAGAUAUCUCAAGAAACUGCGUAUUGACGAGCAACGCUUGUUGUGCAAACGAGGUGGUCCUGGUGAAACAGGCCUUUUUGAUGCCCUAAAAUCCUUGAUUCAUUUAGAGGAAUUGGUGAUGCAAUCCAGACAUGUGUAUCGGCAUGAUCCCUUGUUCUUAAUGGACAUUCUGAAUCAUGCCCCUCAUCUUCAGAGUCUGGAGAUGUCUGGCCUAGAAAGAGGGAUUGAUGGACCAGCAGCUGAGUAUGCUACAGAAGCAUUGCCUACAGUACAACACACACUACGACUAAAACACUUGAAAAUCGGUCUUUUGCAAUUCAAUGUAGUACAUUCGAUUGAACCCACAAACCAUAUGCUUAAAAGCAUAUUGAGCGCAUCGCCUGAAUUAAUAACAUUUGAAUGCAAAGCCAAUAUAUACCAUCGUGCUGGAUCAGACAAGAGUCGUAGAUUACAUACCAAGUCACUUGAACUCUGCUUUGAGUCCAAUCCUGCCUUGACAUCUAUCCUGGUAGAAUCACUUUACAGGUGUUAUUUUAAAAUCAAUAACAAGACAUACCAGCAAGAAUAUCGUACUGCAUUAAAAGCGGUACCUGAAAUACCAAAACAAGAACCUUAUAUUGCUAUUAAAUCAAUCCAUCCUUCUAUGAUCCGUACAUCUAUAGUGACUGUAUACAAGACCAUUCGUACUAUUUCUUCAAAGCCAUCUAGAUAUAUUUAAGAAUUGUAAGCUUGAAUAAAUGCGUUUUUCUUUUAUUGUUA